AUGGCCAAGAUCAUCAUCAUCGGCGCCGGCAUCUCAGGUCUGAGCACCUACCUCUUCCUUCGCAAACACCUGGUGCUCUCCGACUCAACCCCUUCUCCCCAAGCAGAACAACAACGACCACAACAACAACAAUAUGAGAUCAAAAUUUACGAAGCCUACGACAUCCACCAAUCGCACUUCAACGCCUCCCUGACGAACCCCGCCGUCGACACGGACGCGAAUGAAGAAUCAACGACCGCCAACGCAGUCCCCGCGACAGAGACAGAACCAAUCUUCACUCCCCAAGCGAUUGGGGCCGCGAUCGGCAUCGCCCGCAACGGACUGAACGUCCUAGCUCGCCUGGACGAAACUCAUGAUCAUGGCCGAAGCGAAGCACAGGCUGCUCGAUCUAGCACCUUGAUCGAGGAAAUGGCUGUACACGGCCAUCCGAUUGAGCGGUGGAUACUCAGCACGGCACGAGGCUUCACACUCGGCGAGAUCGAUCUCGCCGGACCAGGGACUGCCACCACGGCCUCGAAACCCUCUGUGAACAAGCACGAACGUUCAAAAUCUCCACCGGCCGCGGCGCGAAAUCCGUGUCCAUACCAUGGGAUCAUGAUCGCGCGACAAUCGUUCUGGGAAAUUCUCCGCGACCGGGUCCUGAGAGAGUCUCCCGACGUGGUCAUCCGCAAGAAAGUCGUCGACGUGGUCAUCGGCAACGAAGGGACACGCAACCUUGUCAAGUUCGAGGACGGCUCCCAAGAAGAAGCCGACCUGGUGAUUGGGGCGGAUGGAUUAAGAAGUGUUUUGCGGCGGGCCAUGUUUCGCAAGGGCAAGGCCGCCGAGGACGAGGGCGAGGGCGGGGUUGAUAAUGCGACGACUACUGAUGGAGCACAGACUCACGACGAGCAAUCAUCCCACAACCCGACGCAAAAGACAACCUCGAACUGGCUGCAAACCAUCCUCUCGUACCUACCUAUCCCGUUCUUCCGUUCCGGAGGAGAUAGCAAAGCCACCCAGACGGACUACGUCUCGCCACACUACGAAGGCCUCGUCGGCGUGGGCGGGUUUGUGCCUUCGUCGGCGCUGCAAGCCACAGGGCACAAACCAGGCACCAUGACGGUCGUGUUUGGACCGAAUGGAUUCUUCGGAUACGGUUACUUGACGUCAUCCAGGCCACCGUUACCAUCACCAUCACCUAACCGGUUCCCAGCGACGAGAGAGACAGAAACCACUUCAGGGUUACCUCCUGAUCUUCCAACCCCGGCCCCAGGACCGCUGGCAGGAUGGUGGUCUACGUUCUCCAGCCCAAGCCCGUUCCCAUACUCAACUCCCUCGUCUCCAUCUCCAGGGCGUCUCCACAACGCAGAUACAGCUACAAAUACAAAUACAAGCACGACCCGCACCCCGACAAAUUUCAACAAGCACCUCGCCCAGACGGCACUGCUCCACCGCCACCGGAACUGGCACAACCCGACCAUCCAGGCGAUAUUGUCGUUUGUUGUGCAAAACGACCACACCGAACAACAACGCCCCCAAGACCAACGGACACAAACCCAACUAUACGGCGAUGACAGUCCCGACGGGCUCCGAGCCGGAAACUCCCCAGCCCUGCACGCGCCAUACCCGACCUGGACGACGCCGGAACUGCCUUGCUGGUCGCUGCGCGGCCGGGCCGUGCUGGUCGGCGACGCGGCGCACGCGCUGCAGCCGUCGAGCGGGCAGGGGGCGAGCCAGGCGCUCGAGGACGCCGAGGCCCUGGCUGUGUUUCUGAAGCGGUACCUAGCAUCCGCAUCCAAUCCUGGCAGCAGCAACAGCGGCAGCAACAGCAACAGCAGCGGUGACGCUCCUCUUUCUCGCCCCUCACACACGGCGUUACUGCAGGCCCUCACGGCCUUCGAAACCCUGCGCAUGCCGCGCGUGCACGCCAUCCACGCGCGCUCGCAGCGCAUGUCGCGCAUGAAGGCCGACAUGGGCGUGCUGGCCGAAUGGGCCAUGUACGCGGCCAUCUGGGCGGGGAUGCGGUUCCUUCGCCCCGGCGGCGACGGCGAAGGCGAAGGAGGGAGCGCGGAUGAGCGAUAUUACGACAAGUUGUUCGGGGAGGUGGUGGUGCAUACUCGGUAA